AUGGUAAAGAAACGUUUUCUACUUUUCUGUGCGUUGAGAUGUAAUAUGUUCAAUUUUGUCCUGAGUUUACAUUAAAUAUUACGAUAAUACAGUCCAUCGAAGUUUUCAUAACAUGGUCCUUUGAGAACCGGAUUACCGGCAAUUCUAAAAAUAUUAUCACGGAGAAUACUGGAUUUGAGCCUGUGGUUUAUUCAAAACAUUUCGAGUUGGAGUCUGGAAUUUGAACAAAAUUUGAGCAGUAACGUGAGAUUUACACUAGUUAUUGGGGAAUUUAUUGUAUAAUCUUGGAGAUACGAGCCUGGAGAACUUCUGUUGUUAAAAUAUUUAAGGUUAUUGGAGUUAUUCUUACAUAAAAUAUCUGGUUAUUUGUGGAUUUUGGACGAAUAUUGUCUGUAUUUAAACGCUGUUAGUAUAAAUAUGAGCACGGAUUUAUCGAGGAAGAAAAAGUUAAAGGGGCUCAUCGAGCGUCCGCCACACGACUUCAAAAGACGGUGAGUGAAGUACUUGUUUCUUUUGACCCAAAUAAUCUGGAAGAAAUUGUGCCCAAACUGAAUCAACUUAAAGCUAGCAUGAAAGAAAAACUUGAAACUUUAAAGGUCCUUGAUGAGGAAAUUCUUGAACUAGUUGAUGAAGCUAAUAUUGAAGAAGAAAUAGAACAGUGCGAUAUUUGCAGAGAAGGCUUGCAGUUGGCUUUGGAAAAUGUAAAAAGAGCACUUAAUACCUCCAGCAUGUCUAGUUCAGCUAUGUUAUCGAAUGUGACUGAAAAUACAACAAAUAACACCCCACCAGUACCCAGUCAAGCCCCCACAUCACCUCAAGGCUCUAGUGCUAGCACUGCAAGCACGUCGUUACUACAGAAUCAAUAUUCAAGUCAGUUUGAUACAUCAAAUGAAAAUGGAACGCCAAAUUUGGAUCAGCCUUGA